AUGGCACACGCUGCUUCCUCUCAUGUACCACUACAAAGAUGGAGACGCACAGAAUGGUUGUAUAAGUCGAAUACGGAUCCAUGGUCUUCCGAGGCUGCUCAAUGGAGUUGUUAUUCGGAUGUGGAAGCAGCGAUGAUUGAAGAAGCGUUUCAGAAAAAAGCAAGUGAAGCUCUUCUCGACAGCUACCACGUCGAUUUCAAACACUUUGUUCAAAUCUCGAACGAUGAUUUCAAUAAACAACGACCUGUAAAAAGACUUCAUGGAAGGGAGAACGAAGUACGACUACGUGAAGGCAGAUUCUUUUCUAGCAUUAUAUCACCUGCAACAGCGUUCGUCGAAAGUACAAAUGUAUCCAACUUCAAUGAUAUGGUUCGAAAUCAUUUCAACUGUAAAUCUUUUAUGGACUGCUACAGAACUAAUGGUUGCUUCUGGAUAGAGAGAGCAGUGGAAGGUCUGGUUAUAGAAGGAAAGAAAAUGGGAAGACAACAAGAAGCAGAGUGGAUGGCACAACAGCUUCUUAAUGUGAAAGGAGAAAGCGAAGAAAAGGCACUCGCUGUCUGCGUCCGUUUAUACACUAUGGAAACGUUCUUGUAUAAAAAGAUCAAUGAAUUUCUCCGUUUAUUGGGGGAAGAUGCACACAUUGAUUUUGUACGAAGCAAAGUACCUACAUUUGGACCGUUCAUACAUCUUUUUCAUAGCCUGUUAGGGCGCAAUAAAGAAAAAUUGACUGUUUAUCGUGGUGCCAAUCUGUCCAAUCAGUUGAUCGAGCAGUUUAAACGGUCUAUUGGCAAAAAACAAUGGUUAUUUCCAGCAUUUACUUCAACGAGUCGUUCCGUCAGUUUGGCCGAACAGUUUGGCAAUGUAUUGUUUGAAAUUGAUAUAAAUUACUUGGGUACGGAUAUUUCAGAAUACUCAUUUUACCCUGAAGAAGAAGAGGUUCUACUCCGAAACGGCUUCUGGUUUCAGAUUGAUUCAUGCUCAUUCGAUGCUAAAAAGGCAAAGUGGAUUAUACAUCUCAGUGAAGGACUGGUCGUACGCGUUGUCGACGCGAUUAGACCAACCAAUAAAACUGUCACCCAUAAGAAUUCAUCGGUAAACGCGCUUGACGCAUCGAUAUCCCGGACAAACUUGGCGUUUGGCACAGAAAUUAUAUUUUCAAUGCAUGAAGAUAAACGUUGA